CGUAAUAUUUGCAUUUGCUAGGCAAGGUUUAUCGGUAUGGAGCCCAAAGAGCAAACUUCCCCGCAGUUAGACUUUGAAAAAGAAGUUCAGAGGGCGAAAUGGUUUAAAGAAGACUUGGAAAAAGGCGGUUGGAAUCCAAGGUUUAAAGUUGCGGGACGUUUCGAUUCUUGGAGUAAAACGUUCCGAAAAGAAGAGUGUGCUGUUAAAGUGCUCUUCUUGUUUCAAGAUAUGCCAAUGCCAGCAGAGAAGUUCGCUGAAAUGAUUCAUCCCUCGAAUAUGGAGAUACGCACCAAGUGGGACGAUGCUUUCCAAGACAUUGAAAUUUUGGAGACUGGUCCCGAUGGUUCUCUUAUCGUAUCCACACGAAUUGCAUUAUCUUGCCCGCUAACCGACCGUGAAAUGGUUUUGUUCGUAUCAACAACCAGAGAGAUCGAUUGGUACGGAAAGAAGUCGUUUGCUAUGUUUGUGAAAAACGCCAGUCACCCUUCCAAGCCGGUCGGCGGACAUGGUCUUGUGAGAGCUACGAAUGGCGGAAAUUUCUACAUCGUAUCUCCUGACGAAAAGGAACCAGAAAGCAAGUGCCAAGUAUUCGGAUUAACGAAUAAUAAUUACAACGGAAGGCUGCCUAAUGCACGUAUGGAGUGGUUGGUCGGCAGGAACGCUCCUAAAGUUUUUCACAAGCUACAAAAUAACGCCAUUGACGGUUACAACAAGUACUUCAAGAAGAAGGUGGUUAAUUCAGCAGAUCACAACCAGUCCGUAUAGACUGAACUUAAACUUAAUUAAACCUUCCAAUUAAUGCAAAUUGUGCUUAGGAUAAGCUUACAUUUUCACAAGGCACAAUACUUUCGCAGUGUUCUUGCUACGAAGUGAGUUUCCACUGAAGGGAAAGAGCAGUUCACAUAUUUAAUUGGCUUAAAAAUUGUUGUAUUAUAAUUUUAACCUCUGGAAUCCGGGCAAUGGCGCAGAAAAUAAUAUUGCAGUUUAUCGAUCAAUCACGCCUGAAUAAUCAUGAUCAAUCAUGAGUUACAGUAUAACUAAGGAGCAUUUCCUUCUCUCUGACCCUCUAUAUAAACUGUAGGCCCGCGAACGCAGAUGUAUUUCCGGCUGUCGCUUGUCUCCGCGGAGACGUAUUUCCGGCAAACGUAUUUCCUUGGGUCUCGCAGCCAAGGUGUUUGAAGGUCCACUGGCCACCCCAAAAUGAGAUUACAAACGUUGAAAUUUUCUCAAAAAGGAAGUUAAAGACACGACAGUCACUUGCGAGCUUUAUAGCCGUACGCUGGAUAUGAAUGAAGAAUUUAAUAAUUGUUAUCUACCUAGUUUUCGUAC